AUGGCCAGAUUUAAAAGCUCGGCUACUUUCGACUGGGAGGUGGCUGUGGUGUAUGCGGAUAAAGACACCCAAGUCCGGGCGAUAGCUUUUAACGAAAUCUCUCAGCACCAUGCGUCUGACUCGCCCUUGAUUGUUGGAGGGGACUUUAACUAUAUUCUUGCUCAAGCAGAUAAGAAGGGUGGGCGGCCUUUCUCAUUCACGGCUGCUGCUAAGGGAAUGAGUGAUUUCAUGGCUGCCAAUAGACUGAUUGAUCCGGGGUUCUUCGGUCCCGCCUUCACGUGGACUAAUAAUAAGACGCUAGGAGUCGAGUUAAGGGUGAGCCAUCUUACGAGGAUCGCCUCCGAUCAUUGUCCAAUUCUUUGCAUCUUGGUCUCUGAGAAGUGGCUGGUGCUUGAUACGGGUUCGGAAGCAUCCAAGUUGCAAAGGAAAUGCCAACGUUCUUUGAAGGCCCUGUUCUUUUGGAGCAAAAACAAGUUCAAAAUGUUAAACAAUCUCAAAGAAGAACUGGAUAGGGAGAUUUGUAUUUUACAAAGCAUCGAGAGUUCGCCGACUGGGCUUACUGAGGUGCAGGCUGAAUCACUACGGUACAAGGUCCAAUUGCUUAAUUCGACUCUCGGUCGACUUUCAACGUGGUGGAGACAGCGCGCAAAGGUCAAAUGGAUCGAAGAAGGGGAUGACAAUACUCUGUUUUUCCACUCGAUGGCCUCUGCUAGACGACGCACUAAUCUUAUCGAUCGGAUGCGGAUGCCUGACGGACAGAUGGUUACUGAGCAUGCGGAUGUCCUGCAGGUGGUGAAGGGGGAAGUUACGGAGGAGGAGAUAUGGAAUGGGGUUCGGUCUCUUGGUCCAAAUCGGGCUCCAGGAAGAGAUGGAGUGACGACCUCUUUCUUUAAGUCUUUUUGGAGUAUUGUCGGCAAGCAGGUCACGGUGGCUUGCUUGGAAUUCUUCGCGACAGGGUGUAUGGAUCCUGACUGGAAGGAGACAAUGGUGGUGCUGAUUCCCAAAAAUAGCAACCCGGAUCGGCUGUCUAUGUACAGACCUAUCAGUCUGUGCCAGACCAUCUAUAAAAUUGUGGCGAAGGUGCUUGUGAAUCGGAUGCAAAGCUUACUGCCCAACCUUAUCUCCGAGGAGCAAGCGGCUUUUGUCCCGGGCCGGUCAAUCUCCGACCACUGCUUUCUUGGGCAGGAGGUGCUGAACAAAUUCAAGGUCUCGAGAUCUAAUCCUGGGUGGAUGGCCGUGAAAGUGGAUAUGGAACAAGCCUAUGACAAAAUGAGCUGGAGAACUCUUGAGCUGGUGCUGUCUCGUAUGGGGUUCCCCCUUAAAUUCCGCUCUUGGGUCCUGAGUUGCAUUCGCUCCCCUCGGUUCUCAAUUAUGGUCAAUGGGCAGCUUACGGGGGCUAUUACGGCGGAGUGUGGGUUCCGCCAGGGAUGUCCGCUCUCCCCCUAUCUUUUCAUUGUUUGCUCGGAGCUCUUAUCUCUUCAAUUCCACCAACGUUUUCCGGAGAUGGGUGUUCAACUCAAGGCGGGCGGACCCAUGGUCUCCCACCUCCUUUAUGCUGACGAUGUUUUAUGUUUUGCAGGUGCUUCCAUUCCUAAUGUGAAGAAAAUUAUGUCGAUUAUGGAGGACUAUUGUGCGUGGACUGGGCAGCGGGUCAAUAGGAACAAGUCGGCAAUUAUGUUUAGCAAGAUCACCUCGUCGUCGACCAAACACCGGCUGGCUAGACUUGCCAGCUGCCGCAAGGUCAAGGAGAUGGAUUAUUUGGGAAUCAAGCUCACGCUUAGAAGACUGAAGAAGGCAGAUUUCAGCCCGCUAUUGCAGAAGUCUACUGCUCUGAAUCUUGCUUGGGGAGUGAGACAUCUUUCCCUGGCUGGCAGAGUUACUAUGGUAAACUCUGUUUUGCUCCCCCUCUCGGUCUAUGCUGUCUCGCAUAUGCUGGUGCCGAGAGGUGUUCUUGAUGAGGUGGAGAAGAUCUGUCGUGGUUUUCUGUGGAACAAAGAUCACAAUAAACGGAGCUUACAUUAUGCCAGUUGGGAGGCGUUAACCAAACCUUGGCGUCUUGGGGGGUUCGGGUUCCAUGCUAGCGGACGGUGGACCGGCCCAUUACGAGCUCGAAUUGCAUGGAAUUUUUUUAACAAGCCGCUAAGCCUGCUCAAUAGAUGCUUAAGACAUAAGUAUGGUGAUUGGCCUUGGUCCUGGGGCCAAAGACAUGAGGAUUCUGCUGCUUGGAGGGUAAUCUGUUGCGGGGCGAAUAGCCUGGCUAAUUGUAUCCGAUGGUGGGUUGGCAAUGGUGCUGAAAUUGAUGUGAUCAACCAUGUAUGGAUAUACGACUUGGCCAUUGCUCGAUGGCCUACUUUCUGCAAUAUUAAUGUCGUGGACGGAUAUGUGGUGAGGGAGCUUUUCACGGCCGAUGGAAGGUGGGAUAGAACCAAGCUGAUGCAGGUCUUUGGGGCCUCCCUUGUGGACGUCAUCUGUGACAUAAAAAUUUGGUCGGAAUCCCCUGCCGAUUCUCUUGAAUUGAUUAAGUGCCCUCUCGGCACUUCUAUCUCUGCGAUCUGUUACAUGUCCUUGUUCCAAGAGGAGGAGGAUCCGGUGUAUCCGGUCCUCAAAAUUGGCCUUCGCCCACGCGAGCGGAUUUUCUGGUGGAGGGCAUAUAAGAAUCUGCUACCAACCUGCACUUGGCUGCAUCGACGGGGGUUGGGAACGGACCUGCUAUGCCCGGUCGGUUGUGGGCUUCCCCAGGAUCUGGAUCAUGUUUCAGCAAAUUGCCGACAGCUUGCGGAUGUCCGUCGAUGCCUGGAUGGCUGGGGUUUCUCCACUCCCCAAUUCUUCUCCUUCGGUGAACUCCAGGAAGCUUUGAAGAGCCGGUGUGUCGCCACCGACUUCUGGGGCCGUGCAUACUGUGGUGCGGUUUUUAGGUGCUGGAAUAAUAGAAAUGCAAUUCGACACGGCAAGGUCAGGUGCACCCCUACAGCCAUGGCUGCCAAUAUUCUCGAGUCUCUAUCCCGCGUUUAUUUUUCUACAUGCCUGGAGCAACGGUUCACCCUUCAAUCCUCCAGAUUGGUCUCUUCAUCAUCAUGGGGUGGUAUCGGUAUUGUCAUUAGGGAUGAUCAGGGCCAACUUGUGGUGGCUGCGGGCUGGUGUAUCACACAUUGGGAUAGCACCCAAGUGGAGUUAAUGGCCAUUCAAUACAUUGAAAAGCUGCUUGUGGGGUGGAUGCUAGAGGUGAAUGGUCUUAUCAUUGAAGGGGACAACGCCAGUGUUAUUCAAUAUAUGGAAAAGUUCAAGGAGCAGGAACUCUGGAAGCUUCGGCCUGAUGCAGGGGGUGGUCUAGAUUGGUUUGGAUCUCUCCAGAAUGUCCUUUUUGUUCAUGUGAGAAGGGAGUUUAACUCGGCGGCUCAUUUUUGUGCUCAAAGAGCAAUUGAGGACAGUUUUGUUUGGAAUUUAGAUGAUAGUGUUAGUACAUGUAUUCCUCAGGAAUUUUUGUCCUUCCUUGAGGAUGAUAGUGGUGUUUCCGCCCCCUGUUAG